AUGACGCUAGAGGAAACUACUACCAGUAUGCCUGGGGAAAUCAAUGACGUGGACGCACUCACCAAUGGGACGGAUUCAAACACGGAAUUUAACGGAACAGAUCAAAAUAUCUCGCGUUUCAUCAAUAAUAGAGGCCCCGCUUACUGGUACUUCAACGUCAUUACUGUCGUUUUAGGUUUGGUGGGAAACUUCAUGAUUUUUCCUUUAUUGGGAGGCGUCAAAUUUUCCAGCCUGUCCUUUCCGGUGUACUUGAGAUUUCUGGCUUUCUCAGACUGUCCAGUCCUCAUGAUUUUCUGCAUAAAGGAAUCACUAAGAUAUUUCCAGUCUUCUUAUCUUAUUGGAAGUAACUUGGCCGUUUGUACGCUAACGAAAUUCAUAAAGAACACAACGACAACGCUUUCACCCUGGUUGGUCGUUGGGUUGACACUAGAUCGGUUCUACUGUGUCGUUUUUCCGCUAAAACGUGAUCGUAUCUGCACCCGAAGAAAGGCCACGAUCGUCUGCUCGUGUCUGACUGGUUUUUCGGUAGUUCUAUCACUCCCACUUUUAAAUGGAGUGAAGACUGUUCCAGGGUCACAAAUAUGUUUUAUAAAAGAUUACUUAGUGAGCUACUCUACUUUCAUACGUAUGGUCCUAACGGCUAAUCUGCCGUGUCUCUUGAUCCUCGUCCUGAACAUUGUGAUUGGAAUCCACAUCCAGCGCAGCGUUACGUUCAGAAAGAGAUUCACCUCCACCAGUUCUGGCUCCACGGAAAACAAGCUGGACAAGUCACUUCUUCCUCUCAUGCUGAUCUCCAUAAUGGCGUUCGUAACUCUCUUACCUUCAUCCAUUGCAGACAGUGUUGUUCUGAUCCUCCUAGUUACUAAAUCAGAUUUUAAAACCCUGACCUUCAUCUUCAAAUUGUGGCCGGUGUUUAAUAUUUUAUAUCUAAUGAAUUUUGGUCAGAAUUUUUACAUCCUAAUGGCCAGUUCAGCUAACUAUAGGAAGAUCAUCAAGACCAAGCUGAAAUGCCAAAAUGUCAACGGGCGGAAUAACAAUGACACGGUGUCAAGAACUCCUGGCCAGGUUUCAGCGUUUGUCAACUUCAGAACUUAUAUCAACGAAUCGAGCACUAGACAAUCUGAACAACACAGUCAGACAUCAGUUACCUCCCCUACACUGGGAUCUGACGAUUGCUGUACUGAUUUCACGGAAAUUACUAAGUGA